AAUAUUGUUCUAUUUCAAACAACGAACGACGCAAAAGGACUCCGAGUAAAAGUAGAAUACAGAACAGUUACAGCAAUGUCGUCACAUAAAGCAUCGGGUGACAUGUUUCUCGCCGUCACUGCUUUGUUAGCAUUGACAGUAACCACUAUCAAAGCUGAUUGUCAUCAACCACUUCCACCCACAAAUGGGUACGUCACUUCACUUAGCGGAAGAAUCCCCGCAGGACGUGUAGCCAGGAUUAUAUGUAACCGUCAUUACAAGUUCCACGGUACUAAUGACUCAGUGAGAGACAUCAGAUGUUUGCCUAACGGGCAAUGGGAUACGUAUCCACCAUGUCAGGCGACAGUCACUUGUGACACACCACCAUCGAAGGCAGGUGGUAGCUGGAUACUGACCGGCCGCGGCCCAGGUGACCAAUACAGUGUUACCAGAGCAAGAGCAACAUUUCGGUGUAACCCCGGACACUUCCUCGUUGAUCCGAGAAAUCACUCAGUUCCACAAGAACCUGUAGUGUACUGCGGGAAUGACCUUCAUUGGAUCCGGCGCAUUGAUAAUCCAGGAUUCCGAUGCUUGGCUUUGCGAGAGUGUUCGAAACAUCCUCCCGCCAGUGGGACACUUGCAAUGUAUCCAAUUGAAAGUGAGAAAUUUGUACCUGGGACUAACGUUUGGUUCUUCUGCAAACCAGGCUACUUCUUCAGGAGAAUAGAGACUAAAAUGGAUUAUCAUUACUACGAUUAUGUAUCGUAUGGGUAUGAGAUGCAGGACACACAAACCAAGGUCACCUAUGAAUAUGAUACUGACAACAGAAGCCUUGAGUGCAUGGGUCCACAUUGGAGUGGUCCCAUGCCCACCUGCAUUGCGUUUACAUGCCCCGUUCCAACGGUCCGAGACGGUAAAUGGAAUACUAAUCAACAUUGGAUCAAGCACGGAGAGGUCAUUAACAUGACCUGUGACACAGGUUACCUCGCACUCGGACCUCCGUCCAUUAAGUGCAGUAUGCAGAGGGCGAACGACAAAGAUGGCUGGGAUUUGGACCCACCCUCUUGCAAAGAGAUAAGGUGUGUUCCACCCGAAAGACCAGAGAGAGGGUUCGUAUCAUACAUGGACCACAGAGACAUGCGCAGACAAGGCGCAGUAAUCCAUAUCAUAUGUAACCGUGACUUUGUGUUAAAUGGUUCACAAACACGGAGAUGCAUGAAGAAUGGCCGGUGGUCAGGGAGGGAUGCCACAUGUCAGCCCACGCGUGCCCAAGAUAUUUCACAUUGUCCCGUGCCGGUGAUACCAUACGGGGGAAGGAAAUAUGGCGAUAGUUACAACGUAGGGGAUGUGGUGACAUACGCAUGUCAAAACGGGUACAUAGGCCGUGGACCAUGUCUUAUUAAGUGUAAAUAUGACCAAUGGGAACCAGCUGGACAGCCGAGAUGUGAAGGACUGUUCAGUUUCGACGACCCCGAAAAAUUGGCAGGAAACUUCGGUCGAGUGUUCGACGCGAUGAACAAAACAGGUGACUACCUGGAUACUAGAGGAAGGCGCUUCGACCUGAACGCGCCAGAUGGGUUUGACAUCACCUUUCUGAUUGAUUCAUCUGGUAGUAUUACACAGCAGGAGUUUAAUGAUGCCAUCAAGUUCGUCAAGCUUUUCGUUGAGAAGGUUGGUGUAUCAUUACGACCUGAUGGGGCACGAAUAGCCGCUGCUUCAUUUGCUGACGACCCUCGAGAGGUAUUAGCGUUGAAUAACGGUUUUUUGGCCAAUUCACCAAAACCUGUGGAGAUGAUCAAAGCUCUGUUAGACCGGCUUCAAUACAGUGGUGAAACAGACAUCAACGGGGCGUUAGCGCACUACAGGAUGAACAUGAUACCUUUAAGUCGUAAAAUGAGAGCGAAAGCAAAACAGUACUUAUUCAUUUUGUCAGAUGGGAAAUACAACAGAGCAGAAUGUCCCGUAGAAUCAGCCAAGGAACUUCGUGGAGACCCGUUGAAAGUCGAAAUCUUCUCAGUGAAGAUAGGCAAUGACAAAAAGACCGGCGAGGCUAGGAAAAACACACAGGUCCUAAUCGAUAUGUCGUCGGAGAAAGAGAUGAAUGUUGAUGGAACAGCUCCACAUUAUUUUAAUCUGCAAAGCUACGCCACCUUUGACUAUUUGGUUCAGAAGCUGCUAAAUGGAAGUAUCGACUACGGCGAGUGUGGUGUUGCUGGUAAGACGGGCAUCACUUUGGGAAACAUCAUAGGAGGGAAUCUCGCCAAACCACGGGCCUGGCCAUGGAUGGUUGCAGUUAGAGUGGCUGCGAGAAAUGACCUGGGCGUCAGAGAUCACAAGCAUGUGUGUGGUGGGACGGUACUGAAUAAUGAAUGGAUACUGACUUCAGCACAAUGCUUUCAAGGAUAUACCUACAAUAAUCCCCGCAGGGUAAUGGUCAAGUUAGGUGCAAACAAGAUGACUCAGUCACAGGCAGACGAUCCAGUGUACGUGCGUGACGUCAGGGUGCGAUCCAUGCACAUUCAUGAAGCAUGGAUUGUCAAUGCAGAGAAAAAAAAGGUGAACGACAAUUGGGCAAAUGACAUAGCAUUGCUACGUCUUGCAGACAAAAUUCAAUUUUCCAGGAGCGUCCGACCAAUCUGCCUCAUUCCCAAGAACGCACCAGACAAAGAUAUCCAGGAUGAGAUUGCAGUGGUGACUGGCUGGGGUAAAGCUGGGAAUGAAAGCUUGACGAGUUGGCAGGCAUACUCGAGCUCUCAGGCGCUAUCAACAGAACUGAGACAAGUCAGACUCCCUGUGGUCACGCAUGCUGAGAAUCCCAGCAGGUGUUACAACCGCUAUCAAGCUGAGAAAGUCAUAUGCGCAGGCAGCACAUAUCAGGUAAUUGACGCUUGCGUGGGUGACGCCGGUGGUCCGCUGAUGAUCGAGCUGGGGGCGGAAAACAAUAAACCACGCUGGUACCAAAUAGGCAUUGUUUCUAGCGGUUUUGGCUGCGCUUCGCUGGACAGGAACGUCCCCUUCGGAAGAUACACAGAUGUCAGGAAGUACCGAGACUGGAUCGAAGCCACAGUACGGAAUGCGGGACCUUGAAAUUAUCAUUCUGGUGCCUGCGCAUUUUGGAAAGUGAUUUCCAGUGUAUCAGCUUAUGUAAUGUAACUAAAAGACUGCUACCUGGUUUAGCAGAUUAAAUAGACAAUGAGGAUAUUAUAUAGCUGAUUAUACCCCAGCAGAUUAGCAACACACGCUGCCAUCAGUAUGCUCGCUUCCGAUAAGUAAUACUAUGUUGGACAUCCCUGUUGUCACAACUAGCUAAAUUUUAUAUCCAAGAAUUUAUCCUGGUGUUUAUCCAAAUGAACCGCUCUCUAGUCUGCCACCUGUAGUAGGAUCAUGAGUCUCACCAGGAAGUAUGUAACAUAGUACAGUUCGAUGAGAAUUAUGAAAUGUGGUAAAGUAUGGUAACUAGUUGGAGGCCUACAAAAUAGGUUGCUUGUACAAUAUCAUGUAUUUUUUUACUCAAAAGAGAUGACCGUGAGAUGUUAGAGCAAGAAGGAGGUCAGACACUACCAUUUCGAUGAGAUAUUUUUUCCAAUGUGUUAACUGAUUUUGCAAUUGACUGAAAAGAUUAACAUUUGAGUUG